AUAAAACCCUAUAGUGGGUAAGGGUAUUGAAUGAAUCCUGGACAGCUCUUAUUAUUAUGUUCUUUAUUCCCCAUUUUUGACUUUAAAGUAAGUGUGCCUAAAGAAACAACCUCACUGAUCCUUAAUGUCUUCUAAUUUCAUUUUUCUAGUUAUUUUUAAAUUCCACAUGGUGUUUGGCACCUCGGAUCUGUUGCCAUGGGUGUUGCGAGUAGGCUUUAAAUCCCCUCAUUGUUUGCAGUCUAACAGAAAACCAGUGUUGAGCCGUCUCUUUGUCCGCGGCGGUGACAGGAGCAGCAGGUAGCCAGGAUCCUCAGGUUUUUCACACUCACCGACCCCUGCUGCAUUUACCCGCUUUCCCUCGUAGCGUCGUUCUUGCUGCUUCCCUCCGCUGCAGAUCACAUUCGAAGGUCAUUGUGAAAUGUCAGCGCCGUUUUCACAAAGCUUUGAUAGAAACCAGCCGACAUCCUGCCGUAAUCCAGAGGCGUUUCAGUGAUUUUAUGAAUUGAAAUCUGUUUUAUUUCCUGUAUUGAACGUUAUAGGGCUAACCUGUUUCCUUGCUCUCCUCAUGUUAAUACACUCUGGCCUCUUGUGUGUAUUCCAGCCGUGUUGCAUGUAAAUAUUUGAUCACACAUUAUAAUGUACUCCAGGUGCUCUUUAUAUACUUUGCAAAUUUGAUCGCUCACUCUACAGAUUUAUCCUUUUCAAUAAUUCACGCUGUCAUUUUUCCAUCUCUGCACAGCAGGGAGGCAGAUUUGUGCCUGAUUGAGUGUGUGUUUGUGUGUGUGUGUGUUAUUCAUGCACACAUUGAUUGGAUGGGAGUGCAUGUGUGUGUUGCAUGCAUGCAGAAGUGUUUGAGAGUGUGUGUGUGUGAUGCAUUACUGUGGCUCCUUGAUUAAUAAUCAGCUGCCCCUCAUUGCAGCCCCACUGCCCGGUGAUAGAUUGUUAUAUGUAUUACUCUACAUCUUUCUCUUAAUCUGGUUUAAGUUGUAUGCCAUUUCUGGCAAACUGUAGCAAGAAUAAAUAAUACAUUCGACUUCAACGGGCUGCUGAAGGUAAUGUUGAUGUGAUGCAAUAGCCUGUGCUGUUCGUGUGCAGCUUCAGUUUCUGUGGAGUAAAGAUCCCAAAGUAUGGGGGAAGGAAAUGUAGAAGUUGCCCACGAUUUGAACGGGGGACUCUUUAUUUAAAAUAUUGUUUUGGGAAUAUUCUAAACCUCAUUACUGUGUCACUUUAAGACUGUUUUUUAAAGGGGAAUCGCAUCCAUUUUUCAAAAUUAAAUCAUGUUCUUUAUAGGGGCAAAACGGUCCAAAAACCUAUCCCUAAACUCAGAUUUGUGGUGUCACCAAAAUACAUUUGAAAGGCAAUGCUUUGGGAAAAGAUGGCGAGUUUAAAGGUGCUUUUUUUGCUCCUUGGAUGGUUCCGCUUCUCAUGCUGUAUUUUUGUUCGUUAAAAUACAACUCAUUGAUAGCAGUGUCUGCAAUUUCUGUAGGCAAGACCUUAUUUUAUUUAGUAUUCUAACACCACAUGAAAGUGACAAAAGUCCCCCGGCAAACUUUAAGUAAAUAAUGGUUUCACUCUUGGCCCAUGCUACACCCUUGUAUCAUGACGAUCGGGACAGUAGUGUCACCUGCUGACGGACAACAACAAAACCGAGCCAAAACAACAACCUUCUCAGCAGUCUUUAUCACAGGUCAGCGUGAGAUUACUCUUCUAAACAACAAAGACAACACCAGAAAGUGAAGCUUAUGUGAAGAUUAGGUAAUACAGCUCAUUGGGGGACAACCCUCUUGUCUGUCCACAAGAAAUCUCCCAUUCAUUUACUUUAUCUGGUGUCUUGCUUUGACAGGACAUAUCUCAUGUUUAACCAUAGUAUCUUACUUUCCUAAGCCAUGGAAAUAACAUAUUGGAAUAUCUUUAUUUAGGUAGUGUUCCCUCUUUAAAAACCAUGUAGCGUGAGGAGCAAAAACAACCUCAUUACCUCAGAGGAUAAUGUGGCGGCGAGAAAGGUGAACAGCCCUUUAGUUCUCUAUAAUUGCUCUAAAUGUUGGAAAACGGGACACAAACUGCGCUUGAAUGACUUGUUUUCUCUGGUAAUAACACCUCAUUCAUUACACUUUGAGCUAGGAAAAGCAAUGAAUGAAUGAAUGGUGCUUUGAGAUCAGUCCAUAAAACACUGCAUUGUGAUUUCUGCUCCUCAUUACUCAUAAAUAUAGUAUAAUUUAGGACGCAAAAAUAGAAGUUGUGAUGACUGAUAGUACACCGGUUCUUUAUUGGGAGUGCAGGAAUGCAAACUCAAGUGGAGAUGAACUGAAGGGUUUUAAAUGUCACCUGCUGUGGUGCCUUGUCGUAUCCAAGAGCCGGGUCCAGGAAUGUGGAGACCUCGGGUCCUUUCAGAUUCUCUCCGCUGACAAAGGACAGUCGGGAUGCUUUCCAUAUCUGAAAUAUAAGAUAAAAAAACCUCUUGUUUCUCUUUUCCCCAAAAUCUAUGUUAUUCUGCUGUUCAUUUUAGCCCAUGAGUGAUUCCCUGUGUGGAUAUGCCUUACAGCUUUAACACCAAUAAAGAUCUCUAUUAUGUAGGAAAUGUGUGCUGUUUCUUUUCCUUUAUUCAAUUAUGAUAACUGUUGGAUGAUGCUAGGAUUUCAGGACACUCUGAGCCAUGAAAGGCUCCCUCCCCCACUGCCUUCCUGGAGUUUCUAUAAAUAACUCCCGAGUGAUUCCUGUAAUAAUCAUUAUAAGCUGUCAGAAUAAACAUUAAGGAAAGGAAGCAGCCGCAGACCUGAUGCUCUGAUAUCAAAGUCCCUCUCAGGGGCCGUCAUCCUGCAGAGUAUCAUGGUAUUCAAGGAGAGGGGAUCAAAGGGGUUUUAUAGUCUGACUCCCCCCCCCAAAAAAAUAAAACACCCCUCCCCCCACGUUUACCAUACCACCUGGGUAGGUGGGAUUGACCCGGGACGGCACAUUCCUCAACUGGUCAAUCGUGUUGGUUAUUGUAGGAAUUAGAGCUAUAAGAUUUGAGCUAAUAUAAAAUAAAUCAUCAGUUUAGUUUGAAGUAUUUCCAUUUUCUGCUACUUCAUAUUUCUACUCCACUGCACAACAGAGGGGAAUGUUGUAUUUGUUUUACUGCAAUACAUGCAUUAAUAAAACCUAUUCAUGCCUUUUGCUGUGUUCUACUGAAGUACAUGUCUUGAUACUUUUUUUUUUAAUAGGAAAUUAGGUUUUCUUCCAAUAUUCUGAAUGGUUGUUUUAAAUGGGGAAGUUUGGGUGAAGUAUUUGUAGCAAUUCUCCUCUAUGAAACAAAAUUAGAGCAGAGAGAUAUGAAAAUGAUUCAUAAUAUUACACCUUUCACCAGACAGAAAACAUGGGGGUUUAACUGCCGUGAUGGCACCGUUAUGUCAGAAAUGGUUGUACUAUAUCAGUUUUGAUGUAUUUAACUUGAGUAUUACCAUUUUCUGCAACCUUAUACUUGUUCUCUUCUACAUGUGAAGGAAAAUUGUGUACUUUUUACUCCAGUAAAGAAAAGAAUACAACUUAAAAUCAGCCAAUUCUUUUUACUGAGCUUUUCUGCAAAAUGAGUACUUUCACUUUUGGUACCUUAAGAAGUACUUUGGUUUAAGUAAGAAUUUGACAUUUCCACACUGUGGUAUUACUCCUUCUUCUUCUGCACAUUUAUGAUAGAAACCACAUGAGAGAUGUCUUGCAAUAUUCUCCUGCAACACGAUCAUGAUAGUCCAGAUGUCCUUCCCCAAACUUCAGGUAAGAGGCUGCAGUAUUGUGCAGCACCACAUGGUUGUAUUUGAGUGUAAAUAUGGAGAGAAAGAGAGAGGGGAGCUCUGCCACUUUCUCCUGCUCUCUCCUGCCAGCAGUGUCUCCUCGAGGCUGAGAGGAAACAUCUCGUGGCUCCGGCAGGAGAGAAGCCCCUCCCCACAUAUCAUCACACCAGGCGAUGGUCCUUUUAACUUCAUUGUUGGAGAAGAAGCGACGCCCCGCUUCGCCACGGUAGAGGAUCAAACACCCCCUCUGAUCAGCACGACCCCCAGUUCUGUUCUCAUGGAAAUCAGACCCUGCCUCCUGGCCACACUUUCUGCAGGGAUGCAAAGUUGAGGCGCAUUCCCAGCCGGGACAACAUUUGAUUAUGACGUCUUGGAGGAGCUGAUAGCUUCGUAUAACCAUUUUUCUUGCGUGUUUCUCUUUCGCGCCGCACUCUUUCUCCUCUCUCCAACAUGCGGGAUCUGGCGCAGCGCAUUGUUUUCUGCGCGCUGCUCGGCUCGGUUUACGCGUCCUGUCCUCCGCGCUGCGAGUGCUCCGAGGCGGCUCACACCGUGAAGUGCGUCUCCAGAGAGCUGCGGGCUGUACCGGCCGGGAUCCCUGGAUACACCCGGAAUCUGUUCAUCACCGGGAACCAAAUCAGCCGAAUCGGUCCGGAGUGUUUCACAGGGCUGGAUAAUGUCACGACCCUUUCUCUGAGCAACAACAGAAUAUCCGAGGUGGACUCCAACACGUUUGCCGAGCUGCGCAGCCUCCGCUCCCUGGACCUGAGCAACAACCAGCUGGCGAUUAUCCACCCCAUGGCCUUCAUGGUGCAGAACCAUUCCCUGCAGGAGCUGAACCUGAGCCGGGCCCUGUACAACCACUCCUCUGUGAUGGACCUGGCCACCUCUCUGUACUCGAGCUCCCUGGGCGCCCUGAAGAGGCUGGACCUUUCCCACAAUGGCCUCAUCUUCCUCCCCUCGCGCAUCUUCUCCCACCUCACCGCCCUGCAGCGCCUCCUGCUCUCCAACAACUCCCUGGUGGCGAUCCACAACUCCUCGUUCUCCGGUCUGGAGCACCUGGAGGUGCUCGACUUGACGCUAAACUCCCUGAAGGCGGUGCCGGAGGAGGGCCUGCGAGAGCUGGACUCCCUGCCCAGAGCGGACCUCCUGCUGGGGGAGAACCCGUUCACAUGCACGUGUGGAAUUGAGCCGUUCGCCCUGUGGCUGAACAGAUCACAGGGACGCAUUAGUGAUGCUGAGAGCCUCGUGUGUGCAUACCCAGCAGGCAUGAGAAACACAUCCAUGCUCUCCGUGGUUACGUUGACUCUGGGGUGCCAUCAAAGCGGGGCAGGGGCUGACCUCGCUCUGCAGACCUCUUACGUCUUCUUGGGUAUAGUCCUGGGCUUCGUCGGCCUCAUUUUUCUUUUUGUACUUUACCUGAACCGCAAGGGCAUCAAGAAGCGCAUCUACGACAUCCGGGACGCCUGCAGGGAGGUGUGGGAGGGCUACCACUACCGCUUCGAGAUCGACUCUGACCCCAGGCUGUCGCAGGUCUGCACGAGCGCCGACAUAUAAAAAGGACGGUCACCUGCAUUUUUUUGUAUGAAACAGACUCUUUUCUAAUGCGUUUAUCAGUAGCGGAAUGUAAAAAGUGUACAGAUUUGUCUGUAAAUAUAUGCUGUACAUACAGUAGUGUUGAUGCCUUGUUUAAAGCAUGCACUGCCCAUAUUAUAAAACUAAUGUGCUCUUUUAAUACAGAACGGGCCUCAUGCAGCACAUUUUCUUUCAUAUUUUCCCCUAAUUUUUGAACUCCAGAAGCCCCAGGCAUUCCUAACCUUUGUCUUAUCUCGGUGUGCUGAAAUAUAAAUCCCACUCGAUCAGAAACUGGUGGCUAAUUGUGCAUUAUUAGCAUAGGUAACAUGCCCUAAGCAUUAAUGAGGUCAAGUGUUGUGCCGUGUGCAGAUACUCUGCCAUAUGCCUCAUAAAUCUUCUGCUUCAAGCAUUGGAAAUUCAGCAAAAGUGAAAUUGAGAUACAUUUGAAACUGUUAUUUUGCAUAGUGUUAUACUGGGGUUUUAGGAAACUCCUAAGACCUGAAGGCAUGCCAUCCUCCCAGAGUCCUCUAUUUAAUUUGCAUUGUGUCUGAUUCAUCAAAGUCUACUUGCAUUGGACAAACCAUUUAUAGACUGUCAAAACAGAAUGCUUUUUAUCCUAUCUUGGUAAAUGUGUUCUUGGCCACUUAUAAAAGGUUCUCUUAUCCAAGAAAAGAGCAUAAAUUGUGAACACAGACAACAAUAAUAUUCCUCUGAUCUGGCUCUCUGCAUGUGGCCUGUUGGAUUGUGCUUCAAAUUGACAUGAGUGUCGUACAGGGACUUCAUUGUUUGACAUUUCUUUUUAUUCAUGCCCGCACAAAAGCUAGAGCAACUGCCUGAAGUCAGCUGAGUAUUGUUCCCUAACCAUUAGAGUGAUCUGAACUCUCUUUCAUUCACUACUCUGUCACAUCUUAGCUUGUUAUAGCUGCAAUAAAACCCUGACACUGCAAAAACAAACCUCUGGGAAUUGAAAGCACAGUCACUCAUUCAUCUUUGAACCAUUUCAAGCCCUUUGGUCCGGCGUCCUUCAGCCCCCAGGGUGCCACAGAGGAAUUAAGCCUCCAAAGCUUUCCUAAAAUCUCCUCUCUGCUCCUCUUUGGGAUCUGAAAGGAAAGGAAAGGGCAGGGGAGGGGAAGGGGUGGGGGGGCAAUUCAUUGCAGACCAGCGGAAAUCCCUAGCCCCCUCGUUUUUUUUCCCUCUCUCUUUCUCUCUCUGAACCAUUGCUUUGUUUCAACUACUUGAGUUUUAUUGUCAAAAUGAUGAGAACCAGUCCUGGGCUGAGGCCGCUGAAAGCAAUCUCCCCCUCCCUCCUUAAAGACAACAGCCGCUUUGGAGGCUCUUUGAACCAAAAGUCUCCACGUUUUUCUGUUUAGGGACUUUUUUCUCUUCCAGUGAUAAGAUACAGAUGAUUCUGAAACACCAGCUACAUUGUUACAUUCAGCAGUUUGUUCCGGCCAGUUAUGAAGAAUUGAUCUCAACCCUUUUGGUUUUCAUCAUCACCUUUUAUACUAAUGGAAAUGAUACGUUUAAUGGAAGAUCCUUUCCUUAGAAGAAGAAGAAUGUCAAUACAUGUAUCUCAGUCAAAUCUUAAGCCUUACAUUUUGCAUGCAUGUUUAAAUUGCAAUUAUAAUCGUGCAUGCAUUCUUUCACAUUGUCCGUGGCCUUACGAUGCUACAAAGAGAGACAAACACAGACACACGGAGAGAGAGGGGUUGGCAAGCGGUCAAUUCCUCAAAGUGUUGGUUGCAAAUUGCGAGCUAUCUAUAGUUAUCUGCAACAGAGUAAAAGAGGCGCAGAGUAAACUGAAACAGCCUCCCAUUAUUCAAAGCCAAAGUUUCAUCUUCAUCCUAUCAAGAUGUUCUGCAAACUUCUCUGAUAGAGAUCCAGCAAUGUUUAUAAGAUGGAAAUUUUCCUGCAUGUGUAAUGACAGAAUAAAGCUUAAGAAAGUCA